AGGAUGUCUGCUAUCGGACUUUUGCUGUUGGGCGUGGUUGUGGCGGUGGGCGGGGCCAACGUGUUCCCCGAGCCACGCUUGGAGACGUUGCCCUGUGGAACGACCACCAUGAACCCCGGCGAGCGAGUGGCCAUCCAGUCGCCCAACUUCCCCCAAAACUACGAUACGGACUACAGGUGCCAGUACGAGAUCACGUGCAACCCUAUGGAGUCUACCUACUUGGAGUUUAUCUGUCCUACCUUCGAACUGGAAUCGUCCACCGACUGCCUCAAUGACCGCCUGGUGGUGACUUACCAUGGUUCUCGCGAAGAGAAAUGCGGCAGCGACAGUCCCGACGGAACCAUUACCUCCGACGGAUGGACGCGCCUCACCUUCGCCAGCAACGCCGCCACCACCGCCCCUGGCUUCCGCUGCUACAUUUGGUGUCGCGAACAGACCACUACGACCUCCACCACCACUUCAACGACAACCACAUCUACCACUACUACACCUACCACCACUACCACCCCUACUACCACUACAACUACAACACCUACCACCACCACUACACCUACAACUACCACCACACCUACCACCACCACCACACCCACCACAACCACACCCACCACAACACCCAUCACAACCACUCCAGUCUGCUAGAUUAAGAAGCAUGUACUAACUACUCACACGCCUCAGCAGCCUAUCAACAUCGCCUUGACAUUAAACAGGAAAAGCGUAAUACAAAUGUCCUUAAGUUGAAAUUGAAAACAUGUUGACAUUCCCAAACCAUUAUGAGGCGAACACGGUUACUACAAUGGCGGUUGGAAUGGUUCUUUUAGUAGAGUGGUAAUGAUGGAGUUGAAGCCCCUACACAAUAA